UCAUACCCGACUCGUUGGAGCGCUCUCCUCGCCCUCUGCGGCUCUGCCUCCCUGCUGGAGAACUCAACCAGGAGGAGAGAUGGUGGCUGCCUGUGCUCAAAGCUCUUCUCAGCAAGAUGAGACGCUGAGAGAAGAAUAGUGGCCGUCAAGCUGAAGGAAUUCCCAUCAUGCUCGCCCAAGACGCCUAUGGUUUCUCGGCUCCCAACCAGAGACGGGCUACUACUCCACCAUCGUCAAACCCAUGGUAUGAUGCGACGCUUCUCCUUUCUAUCCAUUCCGGUCCUUCCUUCUCCAUACUCACUUCUGAGAUUCGCAAGAACCCAGCGUUUUCAUUCAUCAUCCGCUCAUUACCUGAAAUCCAUGAGCUCAAUUGUUAGUGCCGCUAGAUUAUUCAGGAACCCGAAGCAGCUUUCCGAGGCACCCACAUUUAGAGAAGUAAGGAUGGAUGAUAUAUUAGCCAUUAUGGGCCCUUUUGAUAAGCUCUUUCCUUAUAGUUACAUGGGUGGGUCAUAUAUCGGCUUGAUCAGAAAGUUCAUGAAAAUGGAUGCUUUUUUGAAAUGUGUUUGCUUACAUGUUCAUGUUAUUAAAUUGGGGUUUGCGGCGGACAUCAUGGUUAGUAAUGUGAUCAUGGAUGUGUAUGUUAAAAAUGAGCUUUUGAUGGAUGGCCAUCAAGUGUUCAUUGAAAUGCCUACUAGAGAUUUGGUCUCAUGGUGCACUUUGAUUGCUGGAUAUGCCAAUGCUGGGAUUGGUUUAGAUGGAUUGGAUUUGUUUAGGUGCAUGUGGAGAAGUGGUUUGAGGCCAAAUCAAUUUGUUUUUGCUUCGGUUCUAAAGGCUGUAUCUGCAUGUGGGUGUGUGAGGGUGGGCAGGCAGGUGCAUUCUCAGAUUUUUCAAAUGGGGUUUGUCUCAGAUGGUUUUUUGGUGAUUGGAUUAGUAAAUAUGUAUGCGAAGUGUGGGGAAAUUAUUUGUGCACGUGAAGUCUUUGAUGAAGCGGGUGUGAGGAAUUCAAUCUCUUGGAAUGCCAUGAUUUCUGGGUACAUCCAAAAUGGGUUGGUCCAUGAAGGUCUAGUGCUAUACGAAGAUAUGAGGAGUUCCGGUUCUGCCAUUGAUGUAGUGACCAUGAGAAUUGUCCUUGGUGCAGCGGUUGGCCUUGAGCAGAUUGAUUUGUGUAAUAACUUACAUGCUUAUGCUAUUAAAACUGGUUUGGAGUCAGACAAAGUUGUGGUAACUGAACUCCUUAGGUCACAGGCUGAGAUUGGUGAAUUAAUGGCUGUGCAUGAGCUUUUGAAGUCACUUAAGGAUCCUGAUGGAUCUGCAUUUUCUGCAAUUACAUCUGGAUUGCAGAUGCACGGAUACAGCGCUGAAUUAUUAAAACUUGCUAGAAAGCUUCUUGAGAGCGGGGUUAAAAUGAACCAAGGAGCUCUAAUUUGUAUGUUGGGUCUUUGUUUCAGGCCUAAGGAGGGUGCUCAGGUUCACACUUACACCUUUAAGAUUGGAUACCUUUCUGAUAUCUCUGUUGCCAAUGCUGUAGUGUCCAUGUAUGCCAGAUGUGGAGAGAUGGAUAAUGCAGAUGCUGUAUUUCAUGGGAUGGCUAGACAUGAUCUAGUUUCAUGGACUGCAAUAAUAUCAGGGCAUGUUCAAAAUCUUCAAUUUUGGGAGGCUAUCAAUCUCUUCCAUUCUUACAGCAAUAUGGGUCUGCCAAAGGAUCAAUUUUUGAUUGCCACUAUAAUAAAUGCCUCUGCUGGCUUGUUAGACGUAGAUUUAGGAAAGCAGAUACAUGCUAUUGUACUAAAACUCGGCCUGCAACAUUUUAAUUUUCUGCAAACAUCUAUUUUGCACAUGUACGCUGUUUGUGGAUUCCUGGAGACUGCUGACAUGUUAUUCUCUUCCAUGCUUCUGCAUGACAUGGUUUCAAUAAAUGUCAUGCUGGUCUGUUAUUGUAGACAUGGGCAAGCUGAUAGGGCAUUGGACCUCUUUUAUUCAGAGCAUCAGAAGGGUCUGGCUCCUGAUCAGUUUAGUAUAUCUGCAAUUUUCUUGGCUUGUGCUGACCUAAAGUCCAUGGCGGUAGGUGAACAAGUGCAUUCAUACAUAAUCAAGAGUGGUCUUACCUCUGAUUUUGUUAUUGGCAAUGCUGUGGUCAACUUUUAUGUAAAAUGCAACAGCAUAGCCUCUGCUUGCAACUAUCUUGGGGGCUUGAAGUUGCAAGAUGUGGGUACAUUUGGAAUGAUAAUCUCAGGUUAUGUGCAGAGUGGAAACUGCAAGGAGGCUUUGAGACUGUUUUGUGCAAUGCAUUGUGGUGGAUUGCGAGCAAACCACUAUGUUUUUGCUUCUAUCCUUAGAGGCUGUACCACUUUGUUUGCACUUGAAGAAGGAAGGCAAGUGCAUGCAUCCAUUAUCAAGGUAGGGUUGAACAAAAUCAUGCAGGUUGGCAACAGCUUGGUUGACAUGUAUGCUAAGAGCUUCUGUAUGAAUGAAGCAGAAAAAGUAUUUGAUGAAAUGUCAGCACAGGAUGAUGUCUCAUGGAAUGCAUUGAUUAGAGGGUAUUCACAGACUGGAGAAGGAGAUAAAGCUUUUGAAUUGUUUGAGAUGAUGAAGCAGGAGGAAGUAUAUCCCGACUGUUUCAGCUAUGUGGGUAUCCUAAGUGCCUGCGCAGGAGCUGUAUCUUUGAAGAAAGGUUCAUCUGUUCAUGCAUGUGUUGUGCAGAAUGGUCUUGAGCAAGAUGUCUCUAUUGGAAAUGCACUGGUUGAUAUGUAUGCAAAAUGUGGGAGCAUAAAAGAUGCAUGGAAAGUGUUCGAGAGGAUGUCUUCCAGAAAUGUGAUCUCAUGGAAUGCAAUGGUUACAGGAUGUGCUCAGCAUGGACAUGCUGAUGAAGCUCUUGACCUAUUCCAGAAGAUGCAGCAAGUAGGGAUGACACCUGACCACAUAACCUACAUUGCAGUUCUGUCAGCAUGCAGUCGUGUUGGCCUUGUUGAUGAGGGUAUUUCUCAUUUUGGAUCUAUGACUGAUGAGCAUGGAGUAGUUGCAGUAGAAGAACAUUAUGCGUGCAUGGUUGACAUACUCAGCCGAGCUGGGUGGUUAGAUGAGGCACAUGGGUUCAUUAAUGAGAUGCCUGUGCAGCCUACUGGGAUUAUGUGGAGAACAUUGUUGGCUGCUUCUAAAAGUCAUGGAAACACAGAAUUAGGGGCAAAGGCAGCACAUCGAGUGCUAGACAGGAGCAUGAAUGAUUCUGCAUCCCAUGUUCUACUGUCAAAUAUAUAUGCUAUGUCUGAGAAGUGGGUUAAUGUGAAGUUCGUUAGGGAUGAUAUGAGGAACAAAGGGGUAAAGAAAGAACCUGGGUGCAGCUGGAUAGAAAUAGAUGAUGGGGUGGACAUCUUUUUUAUCAAGAGGAGUAGGUCCGAACAUUUGGGCUUGAUAUCUUAAACUGUGCCUAAGCUUAGUGUUAUAAAUCCCUGGAACUUGCAACGAUGCUUGGUAAUGAAGGUUCAUAUGGCAAUGUGCAUUCCAUGCCUUGAACUCUCCAAGUUGUGAAGAACAUGACCAAGAUUCACCGUUGCAGGUUGAUACUGAGAAAGGAUAUUGCUAAUUGUUUGCAAUCUUGGAAAAUCUAUAUGUUAAAGAUUAUAUGCAAGCAUCCAAGGCAUGCAAAUGCUUAGCUUGUUCUGAAGCUUUUGAAGCACACACCAUGUUAUGGACCUUAAUGUAGAACAAUUUUCUGGACACAGGAAAGUGUGGGACUUCUCAGUUGACAAAAUGUUGAUGUGUGGCACACACUGGUGAGCUGUAAGCCUGGGCUUCGGGCCCGGGUACCCGGUACUCUGCCAGAUUGGCCUGGCCCGAUGCCCAGGCCUAGUGAGCUGCAGAUGAGUUGAGGCUGUUAGCGCAGAUGUCUGAGCAGUGAUGCAAAAACAGCCUAUUUGUUGCAUAAGUCUCGAGUUUCAUAAUUAUCAUGACUGCUAGAGGCUAUUUGGCUACAAGGGGUUUUGACAAGCAGACAAGAGAAGACUUCAUGAUUGUUGAUCGUCAGUCAUCAAAAGCUGUCCAUAGGAUGGGUGGCCAUGGAGUUCGAAUCUUCUAUCACUCGACCAGCAGCCAAGCCAUAGCCUGCCCCACUACGCCGCACUCUCCGAAGGUGGAUCUUAUUGCCUAAUGCUAUUGCAUUAUUUUUUAUACAAUAAUGAAAUACUCAGCAGGGAGAAAAGCAGAUCACUGUGAGUCACUAGACCGGUGCUGAGCCUCGUACCACAUCU